CCUCCGUGUGUGCCCACCUCCUGCUCAUCAUGCCGGACCAGAUCAGUGUGUCGGAAUUUAUCAGUGAGACCAAUGAGGAUUACAAGUCUCCCACCGCGUCUAACUUCACCACCAGGCUGAGCCAGUGCAGGAACACAGUCACAGCCAUUGAAGAGGCCCUUGAUGUCGAUCGCACGGUUCUCUACAAGAUGAAGAAGUCAGUAAAAGCCAUUAACACAUCUGGUCUCGCCCAUGUUGAGAAUGAAGAACAGUAUACACAAGCACUGGAAAAGUUUGGAAGCAAUUGUGUCUGCCGAGAUGACCCUGACUUGGGGACCGCUUUUCUAAAAUUCGCUGUCUUCACCAAGGAGCUGACUGCACUUUUUAAAAACCUGGUCCAGAAUAUGAAUAACAUUAUAACAUUCCCACUGGAUAGUUUAUUGAAAGGAGAUCUCAAAGGUGUAAAAGGGGACCUGAAGAAGCCUUUUGAUAAAGCAUGGAAGGACUAUGAAACAAAAGUGACUAAAAUAGAGAAGGAGAAGAAAGAACACGCCAAGCUGCAUGGGAUGAUUCGCACAGAGAUCAGUGGAGCAGAAAUCGCUGAGGAGAUGGAGAAAGAAAGAAGGUUCUUCCAGCUACAGAUGUGUGAGUAUCUACUGAAAGUGAAUGAAAUCAAGAUAAAGAAAGGAGUGGAUCUACUGCAGAACCUAAUUAAGUACUUCCAUGCACAGUGCAACUUUUUUCAAGAUGGCCUGAAAGCUGUUGAAAGCCUCAAGCCGUCCAUUGAGAAACUAUCAACAGAUCUGCACACGAUCAAACAAGUCCAGGAUGAAGAAAGGAAACAACUGACGCAACUUAGAGACAUCUUAAAAACUGCACUGCAAGUGGAACAGAAGGAGGAUUCCCAGAUCCGCCAGAGUGCUGCAUACAGCCUGCACCAGCCACAGGGGAACAAGGAACAUGGCACCGAGAGGAUUGGCUUCCUUUACAAGAAAAGUGAUGGGAUUAGGAAAGUUUGGCAGAAGAGGAAGUGCUCUGUUAAGAAUGGUUUUCUCACAAUAGCUCAUGGCACAGCCAACAUACCUCCUGCAAAGCUGAACCUGCUGACCUGCCAAGUGAAGACAAACCCAGAGGAAAAGAAGAGCUUUGACCUCAUCUCUCAUGAUCGGACUUAUCAUUUCCAAACUGAAGAUGAACAAGAGUGCCAAGUAUGGAUGUCCGUUCUCCAGAACAGCAAAGAAGAAGCACUAAACAAUGCUUUCAAAGGAGACCACAGUACAGGCGAGAACAACAUAGUCCAGGAGCUGACCAAGGAAAUUAUAUCUGACAUCCAGAAGAUGCCGGGGAAUGAUAUAUGCUGUGACUGUGGAGCAGCAGACCCUACCUGGCUUUCUACAAAUCUGGGUAUACUGACGUGUAUUGAAUGCUCAGGAAUUCACAGAGAGCUCGGGGUGCAUUACUCCAGAAUACAAUCCCUUACACUGGACGUCCUGGGAACUUCUGAGCUGCUGCUUGCCAAGAACAUUGGAAAUACAGCAUUUAAUGAGAUCAUGGAGCCCUGCCUGCCUGCUGACGAUACUGUGAAACCUGUGCCCAGUAGUGACAUGAAUGCUAGGAAAGAUUACAUCACUGCCAAGUACAUUGAGAAACGAUAUGCGAGGAAGAAAUACGUUGACAAUGCAUCUAGACUGCACAAUCUGUGUGACGCCGUCAAGACCAGGGACAUAUAUGCACUGGUGCAGCUGCACGCUGAUGGCGUGGACCUUACAGAAACCAUUCCACUAGCUAAUGGCCAUGAACAAGGCGAGACGGCACUACAUCUAGCUGUCAGAUCUGUAGACCGGACAUCCCUGCACAUAGUUGAUUUCUUAAUGCAAAAUAGUGGUAAUUUGGACAAACAGACUGUGAAAGGCAGCACUGCCCUCCAUUAUUGCUGUUUAACAGACAACGCCGAGUGCCUUAAACUACUACUGAGAGGCAAGGCUUCCAUAGAGAUUGCCAAUGAAGCAGGUGAAACAUGCCUAGAUAUUGCUAAGAGGUUAAAGCACACACAGUGUGAGGACUUGCUGAUGCAAGCUUUGACUGGGAGAUUCAAUGCUCAUGUCCAUGUAGAAUAUGAAUGGAGGCUGCAUCAUGUGGACAUGGAUGAGAGUGAUGAUGACGUGGAUGAUAAAACUCAGCCAAGUCCUAACCGGAGGGAGGACAGACCAAUCAGCUUUUACCAGAUGGGACCAAAUGCUGGGCAGCCUAGCGUUGCCGCUUUAGCUCGGGAUGCCGCGAACAUCGCCAAAGACAAGCAAAGAAACUUUCUUCCCAAUAUCGUUCAGAAUGAAACGUACGGAGCAGUGCUCAAUAAUAACAUCACACCGCCGAGCUCUGCCGGGCCGGCACCAGCUCCUCCUCUGCCACCAAGAAACAUUGGCAAAGUUCAGUCGACCAUUUUUGGCAGUAGUAUACACAACGCCCUUUCCAAUUCCCCGGCCUGGAAAUCCCACGCGAUAGGACAUGAGAGUGGCAGCAGACAGAGGUCCUCGUCUGACCCUCCAGCUAUCCACCCUCCUGUGCCACCAAUGCGUGUAACAUCUACUGCCACAAGUACGUAUCCCCCUCCACCUCCUGUAGCGAAAACAGCCAGCGUUAUGGAAGCACUGAACCAGCACUCCAAACAGAACCAGCCCCCUCCAGUUCCACAGAACAAACCAGCAGCACCACCACAGCCUCCCAAUAGACUGACACAGAAAAGACUGGUCCCAGGGGUAGAGAAGCCUGCUCCACUAAGAAAGACCCAGUCUGUGGCAUCCCCAGCCUUACCACCUCCUGUAUCCGUCUCCUCAUCAGCUGGAGAUGACGCUCCUUCUCCGCCCCCCGGACCUAAACCAGGUGCUACAUUACCCGUACAUCCUCCUGCUCCAAUGCCCCGGAAAUCUCAGCUGGUAAAACCAAAGAUCAAAAAAGGGAAAGCGGUAUAUAAUUGCAUGGCAGACAAUCCAGAUGAGCUGACCUUCGUAGAAGGGGAGAUCAUUGUAAUAGACGGAGAGGAGGACCAGGAGUGGUGGAUUGGACAUAUAGAUGGUGAGCCAUCAAGACGAGGUGCGUUUCCUGUGUCCUUUGUACACAUUUUUAUGGAAUAAGCCACCCAGGACUAUGAGGACCUUCGUCUCCCGAGUCCAGCUGAGCAGAAGACCUCCAGCACUAUAGAGAAUAUUGAAGAGAUAGAGCCACCCGCCAUGACUGCCAGCUGAACUCUUCCCUCUGUUCAUCACCUUUCCACAGGAGGAGAGGCUUCUGCCCAGACUCCAAAUUCAGUGUAUAUUUAUUGUUCCUGUACGGAAGUUUGUUGCCAAUCGGAUGUAGAUAUUCUUGUUGAAGUGUAGAGAUUUCUGCAGUCUUAAACUCCCAGGAUCUUUUAUAUGAGCCUGACUUUCUAUGAUUAUUGGUUUAGUAACGGUGUCUCUGUCUAUAGAUCCCCACUCCUUGUUAAAGAGGAACCUGAAAUACAUUGCAGGGCAAUGCACUAUAGACUCGUCUGCAGCUAAUGGGUUAACGACUCUUAGGGAAAAAAAUGUUUUCUAUAUAAUUAACUUUACUUUUUUAUGGAACUAAUCGUUUAGCUCUGUGUGAUUUUGCUAAUAAAUAACCAGACCAAUCGAAUAAACCUCUAUGCUGCCU